CAUUUGGUAGCUGAUCAGCUGACCAAUAAACCCAAAGGAUAUGCUUUCAUUGAGUACAUGCACACCCGUGACAUGAAAGCUGCAUAUAAACAAGCUGAUGGACAAAAGAUUGACGGUAGAAGAGUUUUGGUUGAUGUCGAGAGAGGUAGAACCGUCCCAAACUGGCGUCCACGCAGGCUUGGUGGUGGACUUGGGACCUCAAGAGUUGGUGGUGGUGAAGAAGUUGUUGGGGAACAACAACCGCAAGGAAGAAUCUCCCAGUCAGAGGAGCCAUCAAAACCACGGGAGGAGCGGUAAAGAUAUU